CUUCUCUGCUGAAUAUAACUAGGUAGUUGUUGGAAAAUAUCUGCCCUGCCUACAUACACUUGUCCAUUUUCCGGAUGGAAAAUGUUAUCUAGGUUCUAUUGUAUUGUAAAAUAAAGGUUAAAUAAAAUAAAACAUUGAUUCAGCAUGGAUUACAGUUGGUUUGUUGAAUGUACCCCAUACGUGGAGAUAGUGAAAGCAACCGCAAUUUGAUUGGUCCCCACAACAUAAUUUUUUUCACCGGCGGGAGCUGUGGAGCAACCAUCACGAAAAAAGCGAGUGCAAAUGAACAGUGGAAACUCAAGAAGUGGGGAGAGUGAAUGGUCAACGAGUGUUAACUCUGCAAGGUGGUUGAUUGGAUUGUAGAUUUACCUUGGAAAUGGACAGUGACAGUGCCAAUGAUGUGCAGGCAGAGCUGGACUCUGUGGAGGCAGAGCUGGAGGUGGUGGAGCUGCAGAUAGCUGAGCUGCUGGAGAAGCAGGCUAGCCUGACCUCCAGGAGGAAACGGCUACUCCGCAAGCUGGAGGAGGCAUGUGACUCCGCCCAGCCCUCUGGAUCCUCCUCAGGCUCUGGAUCUGGCCCUGCAAUGACCAAGCAGGAGCUGCUGCGCUAUGAGAAUGAUGAUUUCUCGUGGUCUACAGAGCUGCAGCAGAAUCUGAAGGAUGCGUUCCAGCUCUCUAAGUUUCGUUCUCUCCAGCUGAAGGCCAUCAACCUUAGUAUGUCUGGUAAAGACCUCUUCCUAGUGAUGCCCACUGGACGAGGGAAAAGCCUCUGCUAUCAGCUCCCUGCAGUCUGCUCUGAGGGUUUCACUCUGGUCGUAACUCCUCUAGUUUCUCUGAUGGAGGAUCAGCUCAUGUAUUUAAAGUCCAUUGACGUUGACGCCGUCUCUCUCAACGCAUCCAGCAGUAAGGAACAUGCUAAAAUGGUCCUAGCGGGGAUGACGGACACCAAAUCGCUUUUCAAGCUGCUGUAUGUGACUCCAGAGAAGAUAGCGAAGAGCAAGCUGCUGAUGUCGAGGCUGGAGAAGGCCUACAACGCAGGAAGGCUUAGCCGUAUUGCUGUGGACGAGGUGCACUGCUGCAGCCAGUGGGGACACGACUUCAGACCUGACUACAAGCUCCUGGGGAUCCUGAAGAGGCAAUUCCCAAAGGUUCCAUUGCUAGGGCUGACUGCCACAGCAACCAGCAGUGUUCUAAAGGACUGUCAGAAGAUCCUGUGUGUCCCUGAGCCAGUCACACUCACUGCCUCCUUCAACCGCACCAACCUCUACUACGAGGUACUUCUUAAAGACUCUAACAGUGUUGAUUCAAUCAGUGACAUUUCAGCACUGAUCAAGGAGAGAUAUAAGGACCAGUCAGGGAUAGUGUACGUGUUUUCCCAGAAGGAUGCAGAAACGGUGUCAACAGACCUACAGAAGAAAGGCAUCAAUGCAUAUCCAUACCACGCUAACAUGAAUCCAGAGGACAAGUCACGGGUUCACCGCAAAUGGGCCAACAACAAGAUCCAGGUGGUGGUAGCAACUGUGGCGUUUGGGAUGGGGAUCGACAAGCCUGACGUCAGAUUUGUCAUCCAUCACACCAUCAGCAAGUCCAUAGAGAACUACUAUCAGGAGAGCGGACGAGCAGGCAGAGACGAUAAGCCGGCUGACUGCAUUGUGUACUUUGGCUUCAACGACAUCUUCAGGAUCAGCACCAUGGUUGUCAUGGAGAAUGUAGGACAACAGAAGCUGCUGACCAUGGUCGACUACUGUCAGAACGUAGACAGGUGUCGGCGCUCAGUGAUCGCUGUUCACUUUGAUGAGGUUUGGGAUAAUGAAGGAUGCAACAAGAUGUGUGAUGUCUGUCGCCGUGGCAAUGACUACAUCACGAUGGACAUCACGCAGCAUGCUAAAGAUGUGGUCCAGAUUGUGGAGCUGGCGGGCUCUCUGGACGAGAAGCUGACCCCCCUGAAGGUGACUGAGGCGUGGAUGGGGAAGGGUCCGGCCAAACGCAGGAAGAUGAUCCAGACCACCACCUUGUCUCGCCUGGAGGUGGAGGCCAUCAUCACAAGCCUAUUGCUGCAGGGAUAUCUCAGUGAAGACUUCAGUUUCACUCCAUACACUACCUACUUCUACCUGAAGCUGGGUCGUAAGGCCCCAAUGCUGAAGAACCAGAGUCACUCCAUCACCAUGAAGAGGAGGAGGACAGGCCUGGAAGCAAACACGGUAAAAGUGUCCCAGGUAAAGACCAAAGCAGGAAAGAGAUCUGAUGACAAUGCUACAAACUCCCCUGUCAGCAAGAAAGUCAAGAAAGACCUCUAGUGCCCUUCUGAAGAUGCCAAAGAAAAAGAGGACCAAUUAGCUGGUGGAGCUAAAGAGGUGGUGGUGACCUCCCAGUCCCCUCCUCCCGUUGCCCCCAACGACAGCAGCACUCCCCCUCCCAGACACAACAAACUGAUCAAGAUGCGUAAAGAGCAGCAGAAUCUGGCCAGGAAACUAGUCGAGAACCAUGACCAGACAGAAAGCCAGACACGGGAGGACCAGAAUGACCCUGCUGCUGCCCAGCCCACUGCCAUUGAAGUAGAAGUAGAGAUCAAUAUUGUAGAGAAAGUUAAUGACAGCGAAUCCCCAUUACCGCCAUUAAAACGCAAUUCUAAACUUAAAUCAACAACCCCUCAAAAGAAGCGGAGGAAACCCUGUACUGCUGCUCUUGCUACAGUCCUAGCUCCCUCAGAAGCUGUGUUUACAGACUCUGAACACCAGAGGCCAGCAUUAGUCAACUCUCCCUCCCAGGUCUCCAUCAUCUCCGAGGCUGCAGUGGAGGAGCUCUGUGACCUGAGGAACUACUACAGCAAACAGCUGAGGCAGAUAAACGACAUUUCCCAUGAGUACUUGCAGAAUCAGGGGUGCUGGCCUGUAUCAGAGAGCCACUAAAGAGCCUGCACCUCCCCCGUGGCUCAACCGUCGCCCGGACGGCACGCAACCUGUGGAACCGAGUCAGCUCCAGAAGGAAACUCAUGCAAAGAUGACCAUUGACCUUCCCUGGGACAGUUGCCGUUCAAAUAUGGACACUCCUGUAUCUCUCUUUUCCAGGUUUCAUGUUGCCAGACCUAGAGCCCUGGGGCAGACAAGUCUACUUUUUUUUGUAACACCUGUUCUAUUUUUCUGGACUGAGAGAAUAUCCCCAUCCAAGUUAAUUUGAGAUUGUAAUAUUUUACUGUUGGAUCAAUACCACUUGUUCGCCUAAGAUAAAGAAUGAAGAGAUGGUUUUGUUUUGGAUAAACUUACCACACAUGAACUGAAAGGUUUGUUUGAACUGAAGAAUGUUUUCACAAUGUAUUAUUUGUAACUUUAAAAAAUAUUAGAACAUUACCUAAUCUAUCUAACAGCCACAAUGUGCACGCUUGUGAAUUUGAUUCGCUCUAAUACGUUUUAUAAUACUGCGCUGCAGCUUUGAGAAGGUCCAUUCACAUUUGUGGAGCACAGUAUAAUCUUUAGCUAUCAUUAAUAAACAUUGAUUUAAAAUAAAAAUGUUUCAUGUGACCAUUUCAA